GUCACGUGACGUCUGGCUCCGCCUCUUCCUCUCGGUCCCAUAUUGAACUCGAGUUGGAAGAGGCGAGUCCGGUCUCAAAAUGGAGGUAAAACCGCCGCCCGGUCGCCCCCAGCCCGACUCCGGCCGUCGCCGCCGCCGCCGGGGGGAGGAGGGCCACGAUCCAAAGGAACCAGAGCAGUUGAGAAAACUCUUUAUUGGUGGUUUGAGCUUUGAAACUACAGACGAUAGUUUAAGAGAACAUUUUGAGAAAUGGGGCACUCUCACAGAUUGUGUGGUGAUGAGAGACCCCCAAACAAAACGUUCCCGGGGCUUUGGUUUUGUCACUUACUCUUGUGUUGAGGAGGUGGAUGCAGCCAUGUGUGCUCGACCACACAAGGUUGAUGGGCGUGUAGUGGAACCAAAGAGAGCUGUUUCUAGAGAGGAUUCUGUAAAGCCUGGUGCCCAUCUAACAGUGAAGAAAAUUUUUGUUGGUGGUAUUAAAGAAGAUACAGAAGAGUAUAAUUUGAGAGACUACUUUGAAAAGUAUGGCAAGAUUGAAACCAUAGAAGUUAUGGAAGAUAGGCAGAGUGGGAAAAAAAGAGGAUUUGCUUUUGUAACUUUUGAUGAUCAUGAUACAGUUGAUAAAAUUGUUGUUCAGAAAUACCACACUAUUAAUGGGCAUAAUUGUGAAGUGAAAAAGGCCCUUUCUAAACAAGAAAUGCAGUCUGCUGGAUCACAAAGAGGCCGUGGAGGUGGAUCUGGAAACUUUAUGGGUCGUGGAGGAAACUUUGGAGGUGGUGGAGGUAACUUUGGCCGUGGUGGAAACUUUGGUGGAAGAGGAGGCUAUGGUGGAGGUGGCAGCAGAGGUAGUUAUGGAGGAGGUGAUGGUGGAUAUAAUGGAUUUGGAGGUGAUGGUGGCAACUAUGGCAGUGGACCUGGUUACAGUAGUAGAGGAGGCUAUGGUGGUGGUGGACCGGGAUAUGGAAACCAAGGUGGUGGAUAUGGUGGUGGUGGUUAUGACGGUUACAAUGAAGGGGGAAAUUUUGGUGGUAACUACGGUGGUGGUGGUGGUGGUGGGAACUAUAAUGAUUUUGGAAAUUAUAGCGGACAACAGCAGUCAAAUUAUGGACCCAUGAAGGGGGGAGGCAGUUUUGGUGGAAGAAGCUCGGGCAGCCCCUAUGGUGGUGGUUAUGGAUCUGGUGGUGGAAGUGGUGGAUAUGGUAGCAGAAGGUUCUAAAAACUCAACAGAAAAGGGUUGAAUGAGAACCCUACUUGCCUAAAUGAGGAAUGUCUUUCCUACCAUCUUAAAUACGAAGGUUUCUGGCUGGGUAAGGUUUGUAGCUCACAGUAAAACCUGAUGACACCAUUUGUUUCCCUACAAAUUUCCAUUAUACACUUAAAACUGUUAGGUUCAUUAGCAAAGCUGUUCAGCUCAGACUUCAUUUUGGAACCACAUCCUAAAUGUUUUAAAACAGUUUUUAAAAUUUUUCCCUGUAAUAACCAUGAGUGUUCAUGUUGAGUGAGAUGUGGCCCCAUGUACAGAAUCCAUCAUUGGUGUCUUUAGGGUAAAGGCAGUUUUUGAUGAGAAAGGAAGAGAAUAACCUUAGGUUUUUCAGGGGUUUUUGUAGUAAGCAUGACUUAAUUAUAACAAACACAAAGCUGCCAAUCCUUGUUUUAGGAAAAACACCUUGGAGUGAACUUUUAAAUUCCCAGAUGAUAAAAGUACCAAAAUAGUCUCCAUCAAGUGAUUUCAUAUAUAAGUUAUCUUGAAUAUCAAAUCAGGGAGUUAUUUGGACUAAAGGAUAUUUGUGUGUGUGUGUGUGUUUUGUUUUUUGGGGUUUUUUUAAUGUCAUUUAACCUGAUCGGCAGGAGCACUGAGGGCCUAAUUACACUAACACUCCUUUUUAAAAGACAACUUUCCAAAGAACAAUUAAACUCACUCUUCAAAUUAGAUUCUGAUUUCAUAAGGGUUAUUGCUGCCCAAAAAAAGGCUUGUCAAAAAUUGAGAUCUGCUAUUAAUUCACUUCAAAAAACAAAAACAAUUGAGGGGUGUUCAAAACUAGUUUCUGAAUUAUAACUAAGAUUCUUAAAUAGUGAGUUUGCCAGAGUUUAUUCUCACAGAGUGACUGGUUGUGUCUGUUUAUCUAAAUGGGGACUGACUUUCCACACAUCACUGUAGAAUUGGAAGUGUUGAACAGGGUAAUUAACAAAUUUUCUUUAUAACAGUUUUAGUGGAGCAAAUUUCCUAAGGAAACAUUUUUAAAGGCAUUGUUAUUUUCAGUCCAUCUCAUUUCUUUACGAAAUAAAGUGAUUUGAUUUAAACGCAGUUACACUGUCAUUUAUGAAAAAAUAUGAUGCUUUUUAGUCAUGGUACCGGUAAACAAAAUAAGGAAAUUCAUAAGGGAAAUGGUCCAGGCAAACUUGUUUUGUCAAAGCAACUCAGAGGUUACUGCCUUCUACACUAUACUUUUUUAAAAAAGCAUUUCCACCUGUCCUAAAGAAGAAACUUUGGUAAUCGAAACCGUUAAGGAACUAAAAUAAUUGAGAUAACCUUGGUUUUAGGAGUUCAGCUAUAGAAGUCACAACUUGAUGUCAUGAAAUAGGGAAAUAAGCAUGCUAAUGUACAGGGGUAAUGUAAGAAUUGUUAGCUAUAUAUAAGUAUUCACAGUUUUAAAUUUCAAUGUUUUCUGAUUUUAAAGACGUAAGAGGUGGUCUGUAAUGGAUUCAAAUGUUUCGUUUGUAGGAUACUGAAAUGUUUACAGAAAGAUAACUUUUUCAUUAAAAUAUUUUUAGAAA